AUGCCCCUCUCACGACUCCGAUUCCCCCAUCGAGCCAUCCACACAACCCCUCCCAACCCUAUCGCACGAAUCGAAGAACUCGGACUCCCAUUCAAGCCCGCUCUCCCAGGUCAACCACAAGGAACGUCCACGUCCACGGGAGGGGGGGAGAGGGAACCGGUUUCCGGUCCGGGGAAAUUCGAUUUCCCCUCCCCUCCCUCUCCUCCUUCCAGCACCAGCACCUCUUCCAACUCCAACUCCAACUCCAACUCCACCCCCUCCUCCUCCUCUUCCCUCCCAGUCCCCUACCCCCCCACACCCCCCCUCCCCCCUCGGGCUCAAAGCCAGAAACCCCCCUUCGACACGCACGCCUUCAUCCGCCAUCUGACGGCGCACGGGUUUCCAGAGGGAAGGGGGAAGGCGAUUAUGCGCGUUGCGUUGGAGGAGGUGGGGAGGAAGAGGUGGGAGGCGGAGGGGAGGGGGAUCAGUAGGGGGGAUUUGGAGAAUCAAGCCUACCUCUUCCGCGCCGCCCUCUCCGAACUGCGCUCCGAGUCCUCCUCCCGCUCCCGGGCAUCGAGCGCCUCCAUCCGCUCUACGCUCACAGCCCUACGUCGAGAAGUAGACAGUCUUUCCCAGAAGGUGAAGGAAGAUGUGGAUACGUUGAGGCAUGAGAUCCAGAUGGAAGUCAAUACGAGGAAGAACGAGAGUCGGUUGGAGACUAAGGUGCCGGAGGUGGAGAUGGAGGAGGUGAACCAUAAGAGUACGAUCACGAUUGGGGAACUUAGGACAGAGAUCGAGCAAGCAAAAUGGAACAACACCCGUCGUGGAGUCGGCGUAAUCGCAUUCUUCGUAGUGUUCAUCAUCGCCUUCGUCGAGCUCCUGCCCAAGAAGAAACCUGCACUUGCACUUCCGGCGCCCCAACCAACGACGGCGAAGGAGGAACAGAGGGAGACAGUUGGCUUGCCUGAUCUGAGGGAGUGGGAGAGGAAGGACGUGGAAGUGGAAGUGAGGUAUUGA